GCUGCACCUCCCCAUUCUUUUCCUUCUUUAAUAAACAUGGCUGAACUGAAAACUGAGGGUGAAUGAAAAGACUGAACACGUAUGAUCUGGUUGAAGCUAAACCACAGCUCCCCGUACAUCAAACUGUUGAUUUACUAAGAUGACUAAACGUGGAGUGUUUGUUUCGCGUGGCAGAGACUAUAAGCUAUAGCAUAAAAAGCAGGAAAAGUUCAGAGUUUGACAGCCGCUAUCGAGGAGACUUUUACGGGACAGAUCAGAUCACCAACGCAAACCAAACUGGGCUUUUGCAUUUAUGGAAAUCAUGUUUUUGCACACGUACUCUGCUGAAGAAACCGUGGACUAGAUGCUAAAAAGUCGCCUAAACAGUUCAAACCGGCUCGUUUUGAAGUAGAUGGAUUUGCAGUUUGAUCCGGGUUUCGCAUAUUCAUCGUGUCGAGCUGUUUAAACGAUGUUCUCUGGUAAACAAACUAGGCCGACUUUUAAGUCUUAUCUUCCUCCUCUUCAGACCGAUGUGAAAAGAAGCCCUCAACUUCCCAUCAAGAAACUCGAAGCAAAACUUCUUCCAGGUGAGAUCGUUGUGAACGAAGCAAACUUUGUGAGGAAAUGCAUAGGAGGAGAAACCUGUCAGGAUGACCUUUGGGGGAAGCUUGUCUGUACCAACUUCAAGAUUUCCUUCAUUACCCAUAAUUCCUUGCCACAGCAGAGGUUCCAGUGCACACACCGUCUCCUGGGUGAGCAUGAUGUCCCGCUAGCGUGUGUGGAGCAGGCAGUGACAGUGAAUGAUGCAAAGGGGAAGCAGAAGGUUUUAGGAUCCAAUCAGAAGCUGAAGUUUAACCCCACUGAGCUCAUCUUAUACUGCAAAGACUUCCGCAUCAUUCGCUUCCGCUUUGAUGAGGCCGGACCUGAGAGUGCCAAAAAGGUAUGUCUGGCAAUCGCUCAUUACUCCCACCCUGCGGACCCACAGCUGCUCUUCGGAUUCGAAUACGUCGGAAAACGAUACCACGGAUCAACAGGUGAGUGGGUGAAUGGUGUUGCCCCUGGUGGGGGGCUGCAGACCCCUCUCUUCGACUGUUCUUCUGACUGGGACCGAGAGAUCAAGCGCACAGGUGCCUCUGAAUGGAGGGUGUGUUCCAUCAAUCAAGGUUAUUUCAUCUCGCCCAGUCUCCCAGAGUUCUUUGUGGUUCCGGUAUCUCUAGCAGAUCAGGAUCUGAAGCAGUACGCCUGCUACUUUAACUCUCAGCGUAUCCCGUUAUGGUGUUGGAAUCACCCCAGUGGGAGUGCUCUGGUCCGAAUGUCUAACAAUAGUGACCCACAACAACAGAGGAAGGUGGAACAGAGGAUUUCCAGUGCCAUAACUAAAAGCCACCCCCUGCGCAGUGACGUCUUCAAAUCAGAUCUGGACAAAAACCUCCCGAACAUCCAGGAUAUACAGGCCGCUCUUCUGAAACUGAGACAAAUCUGUGUUAUAGAUCCCUUUGAGGAGUCCGAAGAGAAGUGGCCUUCUUCUUUAGAGAGCUCAAGAUGGAUGGAGUAUGUGAGGACUUUUCUGCGACACGCAGUGGAGGUCGUCUACAUGCUGGACAGCAGACACGUCUCCGUCAUUCUUCUAGAAAAGGAGGAUCGUGACCUGAGCUGUGUGAUUUCCUGUCUGGUGCAGCUGAUGUGUGAUCCUCACUGCAGGAGUCUGCACGGCUUCCAGGGUCUCAUCCAGAAGGAGUGGGUGAUGGCUGGACAUCGCUUCCUGGACCGCUGCAAUCAUCUUAAGAAGAAUGACAGAGAGGAGUCUCCUGUGUUUCUGCUGUUUCUGGACUGCGUGUGGCAGCUGUGGAAUCAGUAUCCAGCGGCGUUCGAGUUCACUGAGGUGUACCUGACCGUACUUGGGGACAGUAUGUGGCUUCCCAUCUUUAGUACCUUUCUCUUCAACUGCCCAAGACAAAGAGCAGAGCACAGCAGGGAUUUUGCCAUCAGUAAGAGCAUUCAUCUGGGACAGGACCAGGCUCUCCGCUUUCCUCCUGUGUGGGACUGGUCUCAGCAGUUCAGUCUUAAAGACCAGACUCUCUUCAAUAAUCCGUUGUAUGUGGGCAAGAUUGCUACCUGUGUGCAGAACGGCACUGUGAAAACAUUCACACACAGACGCAGCAAGAAAAACUACAGUUCCACAUUGCGAGGUUUGCCCUCCGCCCUCCGAAAUGGAUCCUUCAGCCAUCACGACACCCUGACACGGAGGAACUCCCUUGUUAUGCGUCUUCGCCCUGAUUUGUCCCAGACACGGGAGCAGCCGGAGAGCCCCUCGGAGCGCUUUGUUCGGGACUGGUUCUCUCGUCCCGCCGACCUACAAGGCCUUCUGCUUCCCCAGCUCCUGCCGUCUCACCUGUCUCUCUGGAAGCUCUUCUUCCUGCGCUGGGUCCCCGAGAUACAGAUUCCUCAGGGUGGUCCCGUCACCGUCUUUCACAAACUCUCUGUACUUACAGAUGAGAUUGAGAUGCUGCAGAACCAGCUGAGACAGUAUAAAGGGGCCGGAGGAACUCCUAACAACACUCAGGUGGAGCCCAGCAAAAUGUACUUCAAGGCGACCUCGACUCCUCAUCAGUCCCAUGGUCCCCCGGAGUACCUAAGCUCUUCUUUCCCGUUCUCCCCCGUGGGUAACCUGUGUCGCCCCGGCAUCUUGGGGACUCCUCUUAGCAAAUUCCUCAAUGGUGCCAAGAUCUGGCUGUCUACUGAGACGCUGGCUAAUGAGACGAUUUGAGGUCCAUGUGGGGAGGAGUCUGAGGUCAUAUCAUGUUUCAGGACAACAGAUCAAAUCACUGUCAAGAGAGACAAACGUGAAGAUGUCCGAAGAUAUUCUCAGUUUUGUUCGUGAUUGUGUUGCCGUGCGGUACUGACGGUUAUUUGAACAGUCUGUUGCGAGUUCACAGUCGUGGGCGGGUGGGAUAUUUUUAUUUUUUGCACAUGAAUAAAAAUAUAGCUCCAAUCGCACAUCUUUCUGAUUGUAAGCAAUUGUUCUACACUGCUGUGGAAACUAUUUUUCUGAUGUUAAACUGUUGUUGGAUCUGCGUGGAGCUUGUGGCAUUAGCUGGAAGGAAGAAGAACUUUAAAUUAAAUCUAAAUUAAAGUGUGUAUAUUUUAACUUUUUAUCCUAACCUUUUUUUAGACUUAUUAAAACCUUCUGGUAAGGUCUAACGUAAUUAGCAUUGUUUAUAUGAAUAACCAAAAUUGUGAAAAAUUGAUGUAGGAAGUGACAUUUGUUUACCAGUGUAAACCUAAAUAGCAGGCAAGUGUUCACAAGGAGAUCUUUCAGACCGGCUGGGUUUCAGUCUGUUAGACCCCGCCCAGAAUGACUGACACCUGCUUGAGCCAAUCAGCUGGUUGAUUGGACAUAGCAUAGGUGUGGUCAAUGUCUUGACGUGUUUGUAAGAGACAAAUUAUAGUCCACUUUGCAAGAUGUAAAUGCUGGUUUACUGGUUUUAUAAUAAAUCUUACAUUUAAUUCAAUCUUGGAAGAUAUACAUUUUGAUUUGGUUAUAAAUGUUUUAUUAAUUCAAUUCUGUUCAAACUUUUGUGCAGUGUUAAAGAACUGCAAUAAGGCAUUCUUAUGGACCAGCAUUGUUUAAGUCUUCUGAAGUGGUAUAUAAUUUAAGAACCUUAAUGCUAAUAAAUUAAAGCACAUGUGAAUUUUUGCUUUUAGGUUCCUAGGACUGUAAUAUUUUUUUGUUUGAUUAUAUGUAGCCUUUUCAGAAACA